UAUUACUCUUCCAUUUUCCUCCCCUUUCUUUUGCUAUUGGAUGCCUGUUCAUUGAUCCAAGCUCUCAAAACUGUUUCAACCAAUGUUUCGCCUCGCUGGACUCGCAACAAGCGUCAGCUGCAAACGCGGCCUGACCUUCACCACGAUUGCUGCUGCUGCUCGAUCUGACAAGAGCUCAAUGCGCCUGUUUGCGCACAGUAGUACUGCGACCCAGACCCAAGCCCAGACCCAUCCCCAAGCCCAUCAUACCCAGAAUGAUGACAACUUCCAGGACAAGAGCGCUCCACUGCGCGCAGACAUCAAGCUGCUUGGCCGGGCGCUGGGCGACACCAUCCGUGCGCGCGACGGACAGGCAACCCUCGACCGUGUGGAAGAGCUCCGCGCGCUGUCCAAGGCCUGGCGCCGCAACGGGACGGGCGAGUCGUUUGACGCGCUGGUUGCCGCGGUGCACCGGUUGGACGCGACUCAGAUGCACAGCGUCGCGCGCGCGUUCUCGCACUUCCUGGCGCUUGCAAACACUGCAGAGCAGCACCAUCGAGAGCGCAGGCGGCGAUCAGCGCGCAUCCAAGAGGCCGCCGCUCAUGCACCGCCCCCCAAUCCGCUCAGCACUCCGACGGGUUUCGGCGCAUCUGCUCCGGCGAAAGCACUCGAGGGCGCACAACCGGGAAUGCUGAACAGCACUACUGCUGCAGGUGUGCUGCGUGAGCUCACACAGGGGAGCGCACCCGGAUUCGACCAGCCAGCACCAGUCGUCGUCGACGCUAACGCAGUUUUUGAGACCCUGUGCGACUCGACCGUGGAGCUCGUCUUCACUGCGCAUCCAACGCAAGUCCAUCGUCGAACAACGCAGCGCAUUUUCGUGUCGGUUGCGGCGGCGUUGGCGCAGCGUGAUCGCACAGAACUGCCCGAGGAAAUCGCCGCUGCCGAGGACGAUCUGCGCAGGCAAGUCGCACUCUUGUGGACGUCAGACGAAGUGCGACGCGAAAAGCCCACUCCCGUCGAUGAAGCCAUUGCUGGAUUGCAUGUGGCCGAGCAGGUCUUGUGGGAGGCAGUGCCACGCUACUUGCGCUCGCUUUCGCUGCGCAUGGAACAACUCCUCGGGCGGCCGCUUCCUCAUCACCUUUCGCUGUUCAAAUUCGGCUCUUGGCUUGGCAGCGAUCGCGAUGGCAAUGCGUUUGUCACGCCCGACGUGACACGAGAUGUCAUUCUCCGCGGCCGAUGGAUGGCUGCAGAGCUCUUCUACCACGAUGUGGAUGCCCUCUACUAUGAGCUUUCCGUCACCUCAUGCAACGAGGCGCUGCAGCGGCAUAUCGGCAAGCAGACUGUCGCCGAGCCGUAUCGCGAGGUUUUGCGCGUUCUGCGCGAAAAGCUGCGUUUGACGCGUGAUCUUGCUCGACAACAGCUGCAGAGCCUUGGACAAUCGUCCAUCCUCACCCACGGAGGCGCUUACAGCCCACACCCCGCUGAGACGGCGACGCAAGCAGGCUCUUUGCCGGCAUCCAGCAGCAGUCGUUCCGAUGCAUCACCAUCGCUCGUUACAUGCUCGAAUGAUAUUCUGGAGCCAUUGGAAUUGUGCUACUCAUCGCUAGUGGACGUCGGACUGGCAAAUGUAGCGCAGGGACGCCUGCUGGAUACCCUGCGGCGUGUGCGAGUCUUUGGCUCGGCUUUGUUCCACUGGGACAUUCGCCAAGAAUCGACCCAGCAUGCCAAGGCUCUCGAUGCCAUCACCAGGUACUUGCGGCUGCCCGUCUCGUACGGCAAAAUGACGGAGGCAGAGCGCGUUGCAUUCCUGACUGCUGAACUCGAGUCUUCCCGUCCCCUCAUCCCGUUCGCCUUCACACGCGAUCCAGCCAUUCUUGCUUGGCUUCGUGAGCAGUUUCCGGAAGACGCCAACAUGAUUGUGGAUGUCAUUGAUACCUUCCAGAUGAUUUCCGAGCAGCAUCCAGAGGUCCUGAACGCCUAUGUCAUCUCGAUGACCCGCGAUCCCUCCGAUGUGCUUGCCGUUUACCUGCUUCAAAAGGCCGCCAACGUUCGCGUGCCAUGUCGCGUCGUUCCCUUGUUCGAAACCGUCAAUGACCUUGACAACUGUGUCGGUGUCAUGCGGCGUCUGUUGGACAAUCGUGCGUAUCGUCGCAUUGUCAAUGGGUUCCAGGAGAUUAUGAUUGGCUACUCGGAUUCUGCCAAGAGUGCAGGUCGUGUGGCUGCCAACUGGGCCAUCUUCAAAGCCCAGCAAGGUUUGGUCACGCUGUUUGAAGAUGCGAACGUCCGGCUCCGUCUCUUCCACGGCCGCGGUGGAUCCGUCUCGCGCGGCGGGUCUGAGGGUCGCGCGGCAUUUUAUUCGAUUUUGGCGCAACCUGCUGGUUCAGUCAACAAGUAUAUUCGUAUUACUGAGCAAGGAGAGGUCAUUCACAAGCGCUUUGCCGACCCUGCUGUCGCCAACACGACGUUCGACACUUAUGCUGCUGCGGUUGUGGCUUCGGAAUACCGCGCUGCUGCUCCGCCAUCGGCCGAGUUUACAAAAUUGAUGGACAAGCUUGGAGCGUGGUCGGCAGCCGCGUACUUGCAAGUUGUAAACAACCCAGACUUUGUGGCAUACUUUCGCGCUGCCACGCCCGAGCCCGAAAUUGGCAGUCUGCUCAAGAUUGGCAGCCGCCCCUCACGUCGCAAGCAGACCAUUUCGAGCAUUGACUCGUUGCGCGCCAUUCCCUGGGUGUUUGCAUGGACCCAGUCGCGCUUCCACUUGACUGUCUGGCUUGGCUUGCCCGAAGCGCUUGAACGAGCAAUCAAUGAGGGGCAGUUGCCCUUGCUGCAGCAAAUGUAUGCGCAGUGGCCGUUCUUCCAGAGCACCAUGGAUCUGAUUGCGAUGGUUUUGAUCAAGACCGAGGUCCGCAUUGCCUCCCGAUACGAAGAACUACUCGUCCAUGACCCCAAACUUUGCGCACUGGGUGCCCACCUCCGCGAGCGGCUGCAGACCACGAAAGCACUACUUGCAAGGGUGACGGGAGAGGGCGCGUUGCAGGAAAAGAACAUUGUCUUGCAGACGGCGUUGUCCGUCCGCAACCCCUACGUCGAUCCGCUCAACUUGUUGCAGGCAGAGCUGCUUCACCGGCUUCGCUCGAACGACGAGCCAAGUGCAGGAAGCUCCUCUGCUGAUCAGCUGCGUGACACUCUCUCCAUUACCAUUCAUGGCAUUGCUGCAGGCAUGCAAAACACUGGUUGAUGGAAGCCAACAAAUUGUGGCGCUGAGCUGUGUUUUUGUUUUGUUUUUUCAAACAAUAGAAUUUAAAUCGCUU